AUGAAGGACAGCAAAGGAUGGGACGGGAAGUUGCGAGUCGAACCGAAAGCCACCAUUACCAACCCAGAGGCUUUAGAGGAUCCCGGUUAUUCGGAUUCUGACGCGCCCCCUGUGGAGGAAAUCAACGCGGAUGAGGAUUUACUUGAAGAUGAGGAUAAGGACACAGAGGAUAUCGACCUUGUCCACUGUCGCAUAACUUCCAUCCCUGCUCUACGGCUAGAACGAUUCCAUAAAGUACAGAAUCAAAUAUCGCGCAUCGAUUUUCCUUCCAACGUCGCAGCCUCUUUGCUUGAUCUCGAUCUUUAUGAUAAUUUGAUCUCACACGUCAAGGGACUUGACGACUUCCGGGGACUGACGAGUCUGGAUCUCAGCUUUAAUAAGAUCAAACAUAUCAAGAAUAUCUCCCAUCUUGUUGGACUGACGGAUCUGUAUUUCGUGCAAAAUAAAAUAUCGCGGAUUGAGGGGGUAGAGGGACUUACACUGUUGAGGAAUCUGGAGUUGGGAGCGAAUAGGAUCAGAGAAAUCGAGAACCUCGAAACGCUAACCUCGCUGGAAGAACUAUGGUUGGGAAAGAACAAAAUCACAGAGUUGAAGAACCUGGAUGCGCUCCAGAACCUUCGAAUUCUCUCCAUUCAAUCGAAUCGACUCACGUGCAUCAGCGGCCUUUCCAAUCUUCUGAACCUCGAAGAACUCUACGUAUCGCAUAAUGCCAUCACCGACCUAAGUGGGCUGGAGUCGAACUCCAACCUCCGCGUUUUGGACUUCUCGAAUAACCAGGUCUCCAAGCUCGAGCACCUCUCAGCACUAAACAAACUUGAAGAGCUAUGGGGCUCCAACAAUCAACUGUCGAGCUUUGAGGAGGUCGAGCGCGAGCUGAAGGAUAAGGAGAACCUGAAGACUGUGUAUUUUGAGGGUAAUCCGUUGCAGACCAGGGCGCCGGCUUUAUAUCGGAAUAAAGUGCGGCUGGCUAUCCCACAGAUCAUGCAGAUUGAUGCUACGUAUUUGCGAGUUGCCUAA